UCCUUUUGGCAGUAGAUAAUCCCUGACAGAAACUUCGGCUUCCUUUUGGGGCAAAUCUCCUUUGGCAAGAGACACGCGAACGCAUCUCAUGUGUGCAUGUCUCUAUAUAUAUGAUAUAUUUACUGUAUCAACUAGUGAUUUCAGCUCUGUUGAGCAAAUCUCCUUUGGCAAAAGUUACUGAAGUUCCUUUGUCGUUGGUUGACUUCCUUUCGUAGUGGCUGGGAAGAGUGCUUCUUUUGUUGACUUGUCAUCAAUUUAUCUCAAACUCCAGUGUUUCUUUGGGGCAGAUCUCCUUUGGCAUUCUCCUCGCUAUUUCAGCAAGCUUCACCUCAACCUCUGAGAAAGAUCUCAUCUGGCAGUUGCGCUAUACUUCUGCAGUUGGGAAAAGCUCCUUUUGGAAGUUCUCCUGGGGUAAUCGGGCAAAUCUUCUUUGGCAUUUGGAGUCCUUUGUUGACUCCUGUUACCCUUGUAGGGCAAAUCUCCUUUGGCAUUUGGAGUCCUCGUUGACUCCUGUUAUCCCUCCCGGUAGGGCAAAUCUCCUUUGGCAUUAGAUCUCCAGUUUUAGUGGUCAAAGUACCCUACUGGAGAUAUCACUAUCAAAUAUCAACUGGAAAAGUGUAAGGUGAAUCUGUUAAUCACAGAGGAUCGUAAAAGAUCAGUGAAGAUUAACCAAGUUUUUCUAGAAAGCUUGUAAUUUUAUUUGUUCCCAGCUUGCAGUUGAGGCAUCUGAAUGAUGAAUGCACUCCUCAGUGACUCUGAUUGGGAGAGUUUUAGUGAGACUGAUAGCAGCAUGGAUCAAGAGGAAAACGAAUAUUUCUAUGGCGGGCAUGCCAGUAACAUAUUGUCCAGCCUGGAGGCGUCCAUUGGGAAAAUCGAUGAUUUUCUCGCGUUUGAGAGGGGGUUCGUAUAUGGGGACAUGGUAUCCUCUGUAAGAGAUCCAUCUGGACAGAUGGGCAGAGUGGUUGGGAUUAACAUGUUGGUCGAUUUGGAGAGUGAUAAUGGAAAUAUAAUAAAAGAUGUAAACUCCAAGAACCUAUCAAAGAUCCGCUCCAUUUCGGUGGGGGACUACGUUGUUUCUGGCCCAUGGCUUGGAAGGGUGGAUAGAGUGGUUGACCGUGUUACUGUUGUCUUUGACGAUGGAACGGAGCGUGAGGUCACUGCUGUGGAUCAAGAGAAACUCUUACCUAUUUCUCCAAAUCUACUUGAAGAUUCUCAGUACCCAUAUUAUCCAGGACAGAGAGUGCAGGUCAGACUCUCAACUGCUUCCAAAUCAAGUAGAUGGUUAUGCAGUAACUGGAGGGAAAAUCAAGACGAGGGAACUGUUUGUUCUGUGGAAGGAGGUUUAGUGUAUGUUGACUGGCUUGCCUCUUUUCUCAUGGGUUGCAAUCCGAAAAUGCCUGCUCCUCCACGUGUGCUGGAUUCGAAAAAAUUGAAUUUGUUGUCAUGUUUCUCUCAUGCAAACUGGCAGCUUGGUGACUGGUGUAUGCUUCAAGUUGCUGAUGAUAAAGCUGCCAUGGAGCAGGCUUUUCAAAAUGCUUCUACUUGUGAGAUGGUUAAGAAGCACAAGAAAUCAGAAAGAGGAUUUCGGAGAAGUAACGCGAAUUCAAGGGAUGAAGUCUUCGUGAUCAUAAAGACAAGGACCAAAGUUGAUGUGGCAUGGCAAGAUGGUAGCCACUCUUUGGUAUUAGAUUCACAGACACUAGUUCCGGUAAGCGUUGUAAAUGAUCAUGAAUUUUGGCCUGAACAGUUUGUCCUGGAAAAAGGAACUUACGAUGAUCCACACAUGUCUAGCAGCCAAAAAUGGGGUGUCGUGAGGGGUGUGGAUGCAAAGGAACAUACAGUAAACGUGCAAUGGAAAACUAUCACUGCACCUGAAGAAAAGUACUCCAAGGGAGAGCAGUUGGAGGAAACUGUAAGCGCUUAUGAACUGGUUGAGCACCCAGAUUACUCCUACUGUUUUGGCGAUUGUGUGUUCAGGUUGGUCCAGAAUCAGUUUGAUGAACAAGCGGAUAAAAACUGUCCGCACACAAAGAUUGACAUGAGCGAGGAGGCUGCUUCUGAUGACAAGAACUGUGGUGGAGAUCAAGAGUAUUACACUGAUAAACGCUACCUAUCUCACAUUGGAAAUGUUAUAGGCUUCAAGGAUGGAGCUGUGGAAGUGAGAUGGGCUACUGGUAUUACAAGCAAGGUGCCCCCUUAUGAAAUUUUCCGGUUUGACAAACAUGAAGUUUCAGCUGCACUCCCUGCAGAAGAUGACAUCGAGGACUUGAACCGAGAGAUGAUUCAAAAUGAGAAGCAACCUUCUAACCAGAACGGAAAGGGUUUAUUGAAUUUGGAUGAUGUCAGUAAAGUUGGAAAAGAUUACACAAGGGAGUCUAGUUCCUCUUUCCUUCCUCAAGCUGCCAUUGGAUUUUUCACUAGCAUAGCUGCGAGUCUCUUUGGAUCCCAUGAGUCUGUGCCGCUUUCAGCUCCUUCUCCAUCAGUCUGUAUUUCUGAAGUUGGAAAUGAAUCUGAGAUUCCCCAUGAGAAAGGAAUAGCGGAAACUUGUGACCUCUUUACUGAGCAACGGUCAACGACUGAGCUGGAGAGGUUUGAGGGGAAUAGCAUUCCACAUUCAAAAGCUAAUGACAGUGUAGAUCAGUUUAGACAGUUUCACAUAAUUGCUGAUUGCACCGACCACCAUUUUCAUGGUGCAAACAAGGAGUUGGCAUUGUCUCAGGUGAAAAGAGGCUGGAUGAAAAGGGUUCAACAAGAGUGGAGCAUCUUCGAGAAAGAUCUGCCUGAACAAAUCUAUGUCCGCGCCUUCGAGGAAAGGAUGGAUCUACUGCGAGCAGCCAUUGUUGGUGCACCUGGAACUCCAUAUCAUGACGGGCUUUUCUUCUUUGAUAUUUAUCUUCCACCAGAAUAUCCUCAUGAACCGCCUAUGGUACACUAUACUUCUGGUGGGCUACGUGUGAACCCUAACUUGUACGAGUCCGGAAAGGUCUGUCUCAGUCUUCUUAAUACAUGGACGGGCACAGGCACUGAAGUUUGGAAUCCAGGGGGCUCCACCAUUCUUCAAGUUCUUCUCUCCCUUCAAGCCCUCGUGCUUAACGACAAGCCAUAUUUCAAUGAAGCUGGGUAUGAUCAACAGAUAGGAAGAACCGAGGGAGAGAAAAACUCUGUAAGCUACAACGAAAAUGCAUUCCUCAUGACUUGCAAGUCCAUGCUCUACACACUCCAUAAGCCACCUAAGCAUUUUGAGGAGCUUGUGAUCGAACACUUCACUCGCCGCUGCCAAAAUAUUCUAAUGGCGUGUAAGGCGUAUAUGGACGGGGCUCCAGUAGGGUGUGCUGUUGGUUUCGAGAAAACUGAAGAUAAAGACGGUAAGGGAAGCUCUACCGGGUUCAAAAUCAUGCUCUCUAAGCUCUUUCCAAAAUUGGUUGAGGCAUUUUCCGCCAAGGGAAUUGACUGCAACCAGUUCAUCGGGCCGGAGGAAUGAACGUGUUACAAAAAUUAUAACAUAAAGUUACCCAAGGAAGAUAUUCCUGUCAUGUGAAUAAAUAAGUCCAUAUGCUUUCAAUGUGUGUUUGUGUAAGAUUGCUCAUGCAAAUUUGUCUGGUUGUUUGGAUGUGUAUAAAAAAUUGGUUUCUAAGAUUUGGAAUGUGCUGCAUCUGUAAUAUGGUAUGUCUUGCUUACAAAAUUUAUGAAUAAAAAGUAAGAGUUGAGUUGUGUGGUAAAGUUA